AUGGGAAAGAUUACAUUUUACGAGGACAAAAAUUUCCAGGGCCGCUCCUAUGAAUGCAGCUCUGACUGUCCUGAUAUGACCUCUUUUUUCGGUCGCUGUAACUCCAUUAGAGUUGACAAUGGAAACUGGAUCCUCUAUGAAAAUCCCAACUACAGGGGAAACCAAUAUUACCUAAGGCGAGGAGAGUAUCCAGACUUUCAACAAUGGAUGGGGUUCAAUGAUUCUAUCAGGUCAUGUCGCCUGACUCCUCAACACCGUGGCCCAUUCAGAAUGAAGAUCUAUGAGAAGGAAGAAUUCAGAGGUCAGAUGAUGGAGUUCACUGAAGACUGUCAAAAUGUCUAUGAGCAGUUCCGAUACCAUGACAUCCACUCCUGCCAUGUGUUUGAUGGUCAUUGGGUAUUCUAUGAAGAACCCAACUACAGAGGACGUCAAUAUUACCUGAGACCUGCAGAAUACAGGAGAUAUACUGACUGGGGUGCUUCAAAUUCCAGAGUUGGCUCCUUCAAAAGAGUCCAAUAUAUUCAGUAA